AUGUUCGGCGCCCACAGUAGCCACAUGUACAGGCGCCGCUACGGCCGUCAGGACGCCGUUGCCGACAACGAUCUGCACCACAUAGAGCAGCCUCCUCAAUCGGCUCAGAACGUCGACUCCGGACACACCAUGGGCGAAUCUAUCAUGCCAUCAACGAGCAAUUGUGGCCAAGAAGUAGACGGGACUUGGGGCGAGCGAGAUGUCGGCGGUCACGUCGACCGGGAGGCAGCCAUGGCUGACUUCGAGGAGAUGAGGAGAGAACUCACCAGGAUGAGUCUACAGCGCACAGGCACCCGCGAGUCCAAGAGGGCACGUUCAUUUGCUAUGACGAGGACUCGGUCAUCGAUGGCUGGCAGCCUCAAUACAACGUCGGUCGUAGACAGAGACGCCUACGGCGGGACUUCUGGGCCGGGUGAUCUUGACCUCGAUGCCUUCCUAAAGGAAGGCCGUUUCGAGAAGAGGACCGAGACUGGAGAAUCUGCGAAGAAAAUCGGUGUGGUGUACAAGAACUUGACAGUCAAGGGUGUUGGCGCACAGGCGACAUUCAUCAAGACCCUGCCAGAUGCGAUCCUUGGGACAUUUGGACCGGACCUGUAUCGUCUUGUCUGCAGGUUCAUUCCUUCUCUUAGGCUUGGAAGAGGGCCUCCUACCAGGGAUCUCCUCCGAGAUUUCACUGGAGUGGUCCGACAUGGCGAAAUGAUGUUAGUGCUGGGUCGACCGGGCUCGGGAUGUUCUACGUUCCUCAAAGUCAUAGCCAACCAGCGCGACAGCUAUGCCGCCGUCGAAGGUACAGUGAAUUACGGCGGCAUCUCCGCCGAAGAACAGGAAAAGCACUAUCGAGGUGAAGUCAACUACAAUCCUGAAGACGAUCACCACCUUCCCACCCUGACCGUCUGGCAGACUCUGCGGUUUGCCUUGAUGAAUAAGACCAAACGGCAUGAGGCCGAAACGAUCCCGAUCAUCAUCGAUGCACUGAUGAAGAUGUUUGGCAUCUCUCACACAAAGCAUACGCUAGUGGGCGACGAAUAUGUCAGAGGUGUCUCUGGCGGCGAGCGGAAACGAGUCGGCAUUGCGGAAACGCUGGCCACCAAGUCCUCGGUGGUCUGUUGGGACAACUCGACCCGGGGCUUGGACGCGUCCACGGCUCUGGACUAUGCGAAAUCUCUCCGCGUCAUGACGGACGUCUCCGAUCGAACCACACUGGUCACGCUUUAUCAGGCGGGCGAAGGAAUAUAUGAAGUGAUGGACAAAGUUUUGGUCAUCGAAGAAGGGCGAAUGAUUUACCAGGGUCCGGCCACGCUCGCACGACAGUACUUCAUUGACCUAGGGUUUCAAGCUCCGGAGCGUCAGACCAAUCCGGAUUUCCUGACCUCAGUCGGCGACCCUAAUGAGCGUCAGUUCCAACCAGGCAAAGAAGAUUCGACCCCCAAAACUGCUGAAGAGCUAGAGCUCGCUUUUCGAAGGUCCGACAUCUACAAGCAGAAUCUUACAGAUGUCGAAGCCUACGAGCGAGACUUGCACGACUCGGGACACCAAAGCACCAAAGUGUUUCAAGACGCAGUCAAGGAGCAAAAGAGCAACAGCCGACUCCUGCCCUCCCACUCCAAUUAUACCGUCUCGUUCUGGCGACAAGUAUUGGCCUGUACCAUUCGGGAGUUCUGGCUCUUCUGGGGAGACAAGACGUCUCUGUACACAAAGGCCUUCAUCAUUGUUUCCAAUGGCCUGAUCACUGGAUCACUCUUCUACGGCGAACGGCUCGACACCUCCGGUGCAUUCCCUCGUACGGGAGCUUUGGUGUUCUGCAUCUUGUUUCUGGGUUGGCUGCAACUGACCGAAUUGGUGCGAGCGGUGAGCGGUCGUGUGGUGGUUGCCCGGCACAAAGACUACGCCUUCUACCGUCCCAGUGCCGUUGUGAUUGCCAGAGUGCUCCUCGAUCUUCCCGUCCUCGCGGUGCAGACGAUUGUCUUCAUCCUCAUCAUGUAUUUCAUGACCAAUCUCGACAGGGAUCCUGGCAAGUUCUUCAUCACCCUGCUGUUUGUCUACAUCAACACCAUCUGCGUUACCGCACUGUACCGGAUGUUCGCCGCCCUGAGCCCGACCAUUGACGACGCUGUGCGCUUUUCGGGCCUUGCGCUCAAUAUCAUGAUCUUUGUUAUGGGCUAUGUCAUCCCUAAACAAACUCUGAUCAACGGUGUGAUUUGGUUUGGUUGGCUAUUCUACGUCAGCCCUCUCGGCUAUGCAUACGAGGCUGUGCUAACCAACGAGUUCUCCGGUCGCACUAUGGAAUGCGCACCUUCCAAUCUGGUUCCUAACGGUCCGAACGUCGACCCGGCUUACCAAGGCUGUUCGCUUGCGGGCGCAAGGCUCGGGAGCAACACUGUCAGUGGCGACGCGUAUUUCGAGACAUCAUUCGGUUACUCCAGGUCUCAUCUCUGGCGGAACCUUGGCGUCGGUGUCGCCUUUAUCGUCCUGUACGUUCUCGUCACGGCCACAGCAUCCGAACUGUUCUCUUUUGCGAGGGAAGGGGGCGGUGCUUUGGUAUUCAAGAAGACACGCAAGGCCAAAAUGAGAGUCAAAGAAGGUGUCCAGCCUGCAGAUGAAGAGAAGACAACUGCGGCUGAGCCGGGCUCCAGUGGAUCUUCGCAGACUCUUCAAAACGGCAAAGACGAUCCAGUCGACGGCAUUGUUCCAAGCAAGAGCAUCUUUACGUGGGAGAAUGUGCAAUGCGAGGUUCCAUACCAUGGCGGAACGAGGAAGCUGCUGAACGGAGUCUACGGAUACGCCAAGCCAGGCCUCAUGAUCGCCUUGAUGGGUGCAAGUGGCGCUGGCAAGACGACUUUGCUCAACACGUUGUCGCAACGGCUUACCAUUGGCACCGUGUCCGGGAAUAUGCUUGUUGAUGGCCGUCCGUUGGGAAUUGAGUUCCAGAGAGGUACGGGGUUUUGUGAACAGAGGGACAUCCACGACGGGACUGCGACGAUUCGUGAGGCGCUCGAGUUCUCGGCCAUUUUAAGGCAAGAUCGCAGCAUUCCCAAACAGGAGAAGCUGGCCUACGUGGACAAGAUUGUGGAUCUGCUGGAACUGAACGACAUGCAGGAUGCCAUGAUUGAUUCCUUGGGCGUUGAGCAACGCAAGAGACUGACCAUCGGAGUGGAACUGGCAGCCAAGCCGGAACUGCUUUUGUUCCUCGACGAACCGACCAGUGGGUUGGAUGCGCAGUCUGCGUACUCGAUUGUGCGAUUCUUGAAGAAACUGUCGCAUGCCGGUCAAGCGAUCGUUUGCACCAUCCAUCAGCCGUCGUCCAUGUUGAUCCAACAGUUCGACAUGGUCCUGGCCCUCAACCCCGGCGGCAACCCGUUCUACUUCGGCCCGAUUGGCGAGGACGGGGCGGCGGUGGUGGAGUAUUUCGCCCAGCGCGGGACCCGGUGCCCGCCCAACAAGAACGUGGCCGAGUUCCUGCUCGAGACGGCGGCGAAAGGCGGCACGAGAAGGCCCAACGGCACGCGGGUGGACUGGAACCAGGAAUGGCUCGAGUCCAAGGAGAAUGCGGACUUGAUGGAAGAGAUCCAACGGCUCAAGCGCGACCGGGCCCAGGAACCACCCCAAGAUGCCCGCGUGUUACGGGCGUUCGCGGCGCCCGUGCCACUGCAGACGUACGAGGUCACCAAGCGGACGUUCCGCCAGUACUGGCGCGACCCGUCCUACCUGUACUCGAAACUGUUUGUCAGCGUCAUCAUAGGCGUGUUCGCUGGGUUCAUCUUCUACAAUCUGGACGACUCAGCAACCGGGCUGCAGCUCCGGCUGUUCGCGCCGUUCAUGAUUUUGUUGAUUCCGCCGACGAUCGUCAACGGCGUGGUCCCCAAGUUCUACAUGAACCGCGGGCUCUGGGAAGCCCGCGAGUACCCUGCGCGCAUCUACGGAUGGAUCGCGUUCUGCACGGCCCAAGUGGUGGCCGAGAUCCCCAUGGCGGUCAUCUCGUCGGUCAUUUACUUUCUACUGUGGUACUAUCCGAACAAUCUGCCCCGAGACAGCGCGGCGGCCGGCUACACGUUCCUGAUGACGAUGCUGUUCUACCUGUUCAUGACGAGCUGGGGCCAGUGGAUCUGCGCGUUCGCGCCCAGCUACACCGUGGUCAGCAAUGUGCUGCCCUUUUUCUUCGUCAUCAUCUCCGUCUUCAACGGCAUCAUGCGGCCCUACUCGCAGCUGCCCGUCUUCUGGCGCGACUGGGUCUACUGGAUCAAUCCCAGCACCUACUGGAUGGGCGGCGUGCUCGCCGCCACCAUGUCCGACCUCGCCGUGCACUGCACCGUGGGCGAGGAGACCCUGUUCAACGCACCCCCGGGCCAGUCGUGUGCCGCGUACGCCGCCGACUACGUCCGCGCCCAGGCCCACGGCUACAUCGACACCCUGGCCAACGGCACCUGCGCUUACUGUCCCUACGGCUCCGGGCCCGAGUAUCUCGCCACGCUGAAUAUCCGUCCCGACCAGAAAUGGCGCGAUUUUGGCAUUUUCCUGCUCUUUGUCUUUUCCAAUUGGUUCCUCGUCUAUUUCUUCAUCUACACCGUGCGUGUCAAGAAAUGGUCUUUCGGCAUGUCCUUUCUGUCGGGAGGAGCACGAGCAAUCACCACCAUGCUGGCUAAGGUUUUCGGAAAUAAAUAA